AUGAGACGUAAAGAAACACGAUUUGAUUUUGUUAGUACAAAGACAGCCAAAGAAGCACGGAAACAAAGAAUGAAAUACAGAAAAUGCGAAAAUCAUUUCCGAAGGAAUUCCGUCGCGAUUAACGUGAACUUCAAAUUCUUCGAAAGGGUUUUAACAAAAAAGGCAUCAACGGCAUAA